AUGACGACGUCCAUUGUUGAUACUGACUUGGCGCCGGUGACGACGAACGGCACGAACUUGUACCUCUACUACCAAGACGCCCAAGGCCAAAUUGUCGAGACCUAUUCGUCAGAUGGCAAAAGCUGGCAGAAGAGCUCUGACCCAGUGGCUACGAACGCUCGAUCCUCCCCGGCAUCUCCCAUCACCGCUUACUAUGUUGAACAUGACGCCAACUUUAGCAACAAGUCCACGAUCCACGUGUUCUACUUUGACACAGCCAAAAAGCUCAACGAUAGAGUCAAAGAUGUGAGCAGUUCGACGUGGUCAGAUGGGAAAGUGCCAGACGACGUCGCCACCACCCCAAUGGAGGCGAGCCGCCUGACGAGUGGCUCUUUCAAUUCCACCGAGGGUUGGAACCCAGACGGCUCUCAAUGGGUGUAUUUUCACCAGUUCACGGGCAAAUUCGAGCAGCUCACUGAGAUCCGUCGCACUCCAAAGGACCCAGUCCACACUGAAGCUAUCCUGCCGGAGAAGCCCAGUGACUCCUUGUCAGACUCAACACUGGCGGUCUCCCACUACGAGGGAGGAAUCAACCUGUUCUUCCAGGACCAUGACCGCAACGUCGCCUAUUACGCGAACCGGAACAAUAAAUGGCAAGACAGUAAAAUCGUAAUUCCGGCCAAGGACGUCGAGAUCGAGACCCCGAUGGCCGCAGUGAGGAGCCCUGGGUCGAGCGGGACGCAGCGCCUGCUACUUGUUGAUCAGGGCAGCCCCAGACAGAUCCAGCACUACGCAGAUGAAAAGCUGGUGGGUGCCGUGGAGCAGUACUACCCCGGAACGCGGCUUGGUGCAGUGUUGCUGGGGAGCAAAGUCGUGCUGUUCUACAAGCCAGUCAACCCAGCUGGCUCUAUUCGCACGAAGGUCUACGAUGGUGGAGAUUGGAAGGAUGGGGGCGAAGUGGUUCAUGCUUCCUGA